CAGCCGGGCACCAGGAAGGAAAUAGCGGCGAGCAAAAGCGGGCGGAAAAGUAAAGAGAGCCAGGCUCGCGCCGUUCCCCCACCGCGCCACCCACCCACCAGUUGGAAAUCCUGAAUCCGAUCCCUCUCUUUCUCUCUCGAGAGGAGUCGAGCGAGGCUCUCGGUUCCGAUCCGGCAAGCGGGUAUGGCGACGUCGUUCGACCGCUGGGAGAAGGACCCCUUCUUCCUCGCCGCGGAGGAGGUCCAGGAAUCCGCCGACCGGAUGGAAUCGGUGUACAGGAUAUGGGUACAGGAGAGGAGCGGGGGCGAUCCGGAGGCGGCGGGCGUUACCGGAGGAGGGCCUACGGCCGCCGAGCUUCGCCGCGAGCUGCACACGGCGCUCGGCACCGCCAAGUGGCAGCUUGAUGAACUGGAGCGUGCAAUCAGAUCGAACGACCGGGUUGUUUCGGCAGGAAAAGAUACAAGAGCUAGGCAUGAUGACUUCGUUACAGCGAUUGGCUAUCGAAUAUUAGAGGUUGAGAAGAACUUGAAAGAAUCCAAUGUUGCAGAGGGGAGGGCGCCGUUGAGCUGGGUUCAUUUGGAUGAGGAUGAGCGCAAUGACCUUGCGGCUUUCCUAUCUGCAGGCCCUUUUCAACAGAAAGAUAAAGUGGUCACAACUUCGGCUGGUGAUAUUGAAGUGGGCAGCAACACAACAAGGAUGAAAAAUGAUAUAUCAACUGACAGCUCCAAGGAUUCAGCUGGUUCCACCGAUUUGAUUUCAGGGAGAGCAAAAGAGGAUUUGCAUUGUGGGCAUAGAAGAGCAGCUAGUGCCAGUGCUGAUAUAAGAUCAUGGAGCAUGUUGAUUCCGAAUGAAUGUGAAGAAGGUUUGGAACAAUCAUCUGAUGGCCCACACAAAGUGCCUUUGCUCAAGAUAGUGAAAACAGGUGCAUUAACGAGUGCCUUGCAAUCUAAGCCUAGAACAAAGUGCAAAAAUGGAUCUGUGAGAUGGGCAGGUGUGAACCAAAAAGACGUCGAAGAGGCUAUCCCCCUUAGUACUUCUCAGUUGACUCAGGGAUUAGAUGGAUGCUUUGAAAGGAACAGGAGUUGCUUAAGUACUUGUGAUGAGGGUACAUACAAUAAGAAACUUUAUGGUUGGCUUGGAGCCCUUCAUAGACAGCUUCAAAGAUCUCAUUAUCAAAUUCGAUAUGGGCGCCCUGUUCAACUGAUCUUUUUAGCACUUGCUGCUCUUGUGAUAUUUGUGUGCAUAUUGAGGACAAUUUGGUGACUAUUUUUAUUGGGUCACAAUUGGAUUUCUAGCCUCAUAAGAUCAGCAGCUUGUAUGGUACAUUCAUUGGCUGUUAAGUAACUUAUGGCCAAUAGGAGCUUGAGGCAUGCACAUGUGGGCAUUUAGCAACCAUGGCAGACUGUUAUGAUGAUCAAGGUUGAAAACCAUGUAGCGUGCUCUGGUUGGAGCAACUUAUCUUGUCACAUCUUCAGGGCAGCCUGUUUCAUCCGUGGAAAAACCUCUCCUGGGCAGUCGGCUUCAUCCUUGGAUAUGCACUGCUCGAUGCCUGGCAUGCUUGAUGAUGCACCUCCACAACUCAAUCCUCCUGGGUGAUCAGUUGGCGCCUAUGUAAUGGUCCGAUAUAAAUUACUGGUCCACUGGACUGGUGAUCAUGCUGCUAGCAACAGAAUUGCAGGUCUUGCUUCAUGCAUCAAUGCCACUGCUUUACUGCCUGACUUGGAAGGGUGGUGAUUUUUUGUGGGAGUUGCCAUCUGAACUGUAGUUUGUUUCAUAGGGCAUAGGUUCUGAUGAGAAAUGUAAAAGAUACCCAAAAUAACUGUAUGGUACUGCUUGUAUUUUGCCCCCUUACAACAGAAUUAGGAACCUGGCAGCUCCCAGCACCUAUUCAGCCUUUGCAGAGUUGUAAUAAGGUGCCAGCUUGUUUUGAUCUUGUAGAAACUGCACGAUACUGCUAAAUUCAGGGAAGGGUGACAAUUUUACAGAAAACAUUACUAAUAUCUUUGGACCAACUAAUUUUGUA